AUGGGGAAAAAAGACAGGCUGGAGGUAGAUUCCCGCCUUCUGAAGGAGCGUGGGGGAUCUCAUGCCUGUACACCCACUGCUUUCUUCUUCUGCCCCGGUUUCCUGGAAAGUGCGGCAGAGGCGCUGUGGCCGGAAGUCCUGCGGUUACGGCCCCCCAGGCCGCAAGCCCCGCCUGGAUGGGCCCCUCAGCCUCUUCCCGACUGCGGCACUGCUCCGGCUCAGCUGGAGGCCUCCCUGCCCUGCGGCCACCUCGAGUACAGGAACCCUGACCAGUGCUGUGGCAGCUGCCUGCAGCGUUUCGGGCCGCCCCCUGCUCCAGGCUCCCUCGAGGCAAGGGACUCACAGGAAGUCUCUCUCCUUUCUCUCCUGGGCAAGGAUUGCUGCCGAGUCUGGCCCUGCAGCCCACCUUUUCUCCUGGAUGAGCUGGAGGUGCUGAUUGUACUUCUGGACCCUGAGCCUGGGCCAGGUGGCACCACUUGACACCUGGCUCCUUCGUCCACCUUCGCCUACUCACUACAACUCAUUCACUCACCUCUGCAGGCCCUGAUCAAGAUGGUAGUGGCAAGGGAGUCCUCUGCCUUUCUGGGCCAGCUUCGCACACAGCUGGCCCUGCGAGGGUGGGCUGAUACACUGCAGGUGCUACUCAAGCUUGGCUGGUCUGCGGCUUGCUUGCCUGGUACUAAGAAAGCUUCCCUUGAAGUAAAUUCCUGCCCUCUCUGGGCCUCAUUUAUGGGACCUCUUGAAAUAUAGUCUGAAUUGGGCCAAGACCCAACAUUCCCUUCAUUCUCCUCCCACAAGAGAAGGGCCUCUUGUACCACACACAGAAGACCAGAUGUGGGAGAGCUGACCUUAGGUGCCUCUGGGCAAACAGGGACCCUCUGAGAAACGGCCUUGCUACCCUCGGGACAGCUCACCCACAGGGACCCAGCUGCAUUCUAAUCUAGAAUAUGUAGAACAUGUGUCACUCUGAAGUCCAACAAUGGCUGUACCUACCUACAGAUGCUGACAGGCUUCCUUGGCAUGGAAAAACGGGAGCUCUUACCUGCCCCAGCACGACACAAACGGCAAGACCACCUCUCCAAACAUUGACAGACUUUAUUGUGGGGAGGUUCCCACCUGGGAUCCCACCCUCUUAAAUAAAAAAGUGCAUAGAAAA